AUGAGAAAAACACUGAGUAAAUUAAAACAUAAUUCACAACCACUUUCUUCUUCUAUUACAUUAACUUCACCAAAUCCAGAAUCAAUAAAAACAAGAUACCAACAAGAUACUUCAUGGAAAGAAGAUAUUGAAGAAAUAGUUCAACCAUUACCUAAACAAUUAAUGUAUAAUAUUAUUGAAACUACAAUUAAUUGUCAUGGUGGAAGAGCUCUUUUAGAUCAAAAACCAUCAGGACUAUAUGACAUGUAUUGUAAUGUUCCAUUAUUUAAAGAAAUGCUUCUUCCAGCAUUAAAAUAUGGAUGUACAUUACUUUUACCACACACUAUUUCUCCAUCAAUAGAAUUUUAUUUAACACAUCUUAUUAGAAGACAUCCAGCAUCACAACGAGGUAUUACAUUAAAUGGAAAUUAUCUUAGAAUAACAGACAAAAUAGAUAUUUAUUUUCAACCACAUAAUUCAAAAACAUAUCCAUGGAAAAUGUGUAUUGAUCCAUUUAAACAAUUUCCAUUUAAUAUGAAUAUUAAUUUACCUUCAGAAAUUAUUUGUGAAGAAGAUUCAUAUAGUUUAGGAAUAGAAGAUACAGUUUCUAUUAUAGGAAAUGGUAUUAUUGUUACUCCAUUAGGAGAUUUACCUGUAUUAAAAAUAUCAAGACCUUUUAAUAUUGAAGGUUGUACUUGGGGAAUAAAAUUUGAUGAUUUAAAUGGACUUAAAUGGAAUAAUAUGAGAAUAAUUAAAUACAAAGAAGAUAAAUUAAAUUUAGAUAUUAAAGAUUGGAUGUAUUAUACAGUAUAUGAAGAUAAAUCAUUACAAUUUGCUGAAGAAUUAGAAGAAAAUAAGUUAUUUAAUGAUAUUAAAAAUUAUAUUCAAUUAGUAGUAGAAAACCUUAGUAGAAUGGUUAGUAAUAAGUCAAUUGAAGAACAAGGUAUUCUUAUAAAAAAAGUAAUAAAUGGUAUAAUGAAUAAAAUUCCUAAAGAAUAUCAAAAUCAAAUGAAUUUAGAUCAUAUGAGAAGAACUUUUGAAGGAAUUAUUACUCAUCAAAUAUUUUAUGAUAUUUGGCCUCCAUUAAUUGAAAAAACAACUGAAAUUAUACAAAGUUCAUGUGAAAAAGAUAGAGAUUUAGAUUGGAGAAUUCUUGCUUUACAAUUUAUUCAAUUGAAAGACUUAGAAAUAAAUUUUUUAGAUUGUCCAUUAGGUAAAUAUGGAAUUGAAAUUACUAUUCAACAACUUAGAAGAAUUAAUAGUUAUAAAAGUCCUCAUCAAAAAGCUAUUAUUCUUAUAACUUCAUUAAAAUUUCUUCAAUUAAUAAUUUAUAAAACAUUACCAAAAAGUGGUCCUGUAUCUGCUGAUGUCUUCUUUCCUUCAUUAGUUUAUAUUCUUAUUAAAGCAAAUAUCCCAUUUUUUGCUUCAAAUAUUGAUUAUAUUAAAGCUUUUAUGAAUAAACCUUUUGAUGAACAAACUUAUUAUAUUACUUCAAUAGAGUCUGUCUUUUGUUUAAUUGAAAAUUUUCAAGCAUCAAAUAUUGGAUGGAAAGAAACUGAUUUUAUUGAAACUUUAAAUAUAUCUAAAAUGCAUCCUAAUCCUUUUGAUUUUACUACAAUUAAUGUCCUUCGUCCUAGUAGAGAAAUUCAAGUUCCUCCAUUUGAAAGAAUUAAAAAGUCUUGUGAAAUAAUAGGAAGAAGUAAAAACCAAUUAUUAAAUGCAUUUAAAGAAGUAAUAGAAGAAAAUAAACGGUUAAAAACAGAAAUAAUAAAUCUUCAAUUCAAUUAA